AUGUGCAUUAAAACCAUUCUUCUUCUAUCUUUGUUAGUCGUUAUCACAUCAGCGAUGAUCGAUACAAUCAAGCGUAACCCAAGUCUCCUUGAUUAUCUUAAAUCUCCUAUGCUCAUGGGGUAUGCUCCUAUCCAGGAAUAUAAUAAGGAACUUCCAAACCUACAGUACCUCAUGUAUCUAAGAGAUCCACCCAGAUCAAAUAGUAUUCUCACAUUUCCUUGA